GUAACUCCUCAUGGUUUAUCGCCCAGCUCUCUCUCUCUGUCUGUUUGUAUGUCAGGGCAGAGCAUAGCAGAAACCAAAAAACAAGAAUCUCAUCCCCUGAUAAAAGAAAAAGAUAUUAAAUAAAACCCCCUUUGGAGGAGGACGAUUUUGAAGUUCUUAGGAGCUGGCCCUUGAUCUCUUCAACCAUGACUGGAGUACGGCAUCGCGUGACGCUGGCGGUGGUGCUUCUGUGUGUCUGUCUGUGGGGGACCACGGAUGCCAGGGUAGCUAAAGAACGCGAGCGGGUCGUGAGGAAGCCGAGGAAACCGGCCCCAACCCCCAGCGCCGUAGAACGGAGCCCAGGCGCACCACCGAUCGACAUGUCAAAGAUGUGGGGCAAGUGGUACCUUCUCAACCUGGCCUCAACGUGCCCCCACCAGCUACAGCAGGGCGCCUCCUCUGAAGCCACAGUCAUAAACCUAACCCCUCCUGAGCAGGAAUCCUCCCCAGUUUCUGUCAGCACCAAAACACGCUUUAAUCAUGAUUGUUGGGAGAUAUUACAGAAAUACUAUCCUACUAAAACGAAUGGACGCUACAUUCUUAAAGGAAAUUCUGUUUCUGAGCCCGGCACGGACGUUAUCAUUAUGGAGUUGGAUAAUGCUUAUGCUUUUAUCCUCUACCAUAAGAAAGGCAAGAUUACUGCCAAACUCUACGGUCGCUCUACAGUCAAUCUCUCCGAGCCCAUGUUGACCAAGUUUGAGAUGCUUGCUCAGGAGAAGGGAAUGAGUUUGGCCUACCUCUUCCCCUUCCCCACCUUCGGUCACUGUGAUUCUGUAACCAAAGACCAUGUUAUAGAUUGCAUCCCUACGUGCUGAGGCCAGGCACACAAAGAUCCUACUCAACCCACUUCAUGGAGGACAUUAAAUAAAAAUUAGCUGAAUAAACAACUUCUAUUUCGUUCAAGUAGUGUUUUUUAGGAGUACAGGUAGAAUUGUUGAUAAGAUUGGACUCUUCUUUUUUUUUAAAGAACAAAUACAUAACCCACAUCAGUACAGCAACAUCCAAUAUGCGAGGACAUAUUUUAAUAUCCUUUGCUGAGAUUUAUACUGCAUUUCAAUUUCCGAUAGAACAAAUGAAGAACAGAUGAGGAAGCAAAAGAGGGGGUAGGGGGGGUUGCAGAGUUUGGUUACAAAACUAUUGAGAUUACCUAACCCCUUCUUGGCACCCCAGUGAGUGAGUGUGUGUGUGCUUGUGUGUGCUUGUGUGUGUGUCUGUGAUAUAACUGAAAAGGUGCCUGUCCUGACAAUGUUUUCUAAAUACACAAUAGUCAAACAUAUUAAUCACCAAUAAGGAGAGAAUUGCUCACAAAUCUAUGCAUAUCUUUCUUGAACAGAAAGAAAACCAUAAAAGCCACAUUAAAGAAUGUGAAAAUGAAAAUCUGGGUUUCCCCAGCAUGUAGGAUGCGAAAUAAUCAGUGGGAAAAACUAUGGAUUUUACAUACAACAACCAUUGCAGGAAUCCCCAGCCCCCCCCUACAAACACACACACACACACACACACACACACACACACACACACACACACACACACACACACACACACACACACA